AUGAUUGAAGUGUUGCUAUUGGUGGUUCUGAUAGCGAGUGUGCUGCAAUAUGUUAAGAUCCGACGAAAAAUUUCCUUCGCUCAGGACCUACCGACUGUUGAACCUUGCUAUCCAAUCAUCGGUAACGGAUUGCUAUACCUCGGUCAAAGUUCUGAGAAGAGGUUUUUAAAAAUCAGCAAAGCCUUGAGCCACCCCGCCAAGUUUUUCAAAAUGUGGCUUGGAUUCGUACCGAUAAUUUGCACCAAUGACCCAAGCAUGGCACAACAGAUUCUUACCCAUCCGGAUUGCUUGGAAAAACCCUACCUUUAUGAUUUCUUUAAGUUGGAUUACGGAUUGUUUUCUGCUCGCCAUGACAUUUGGAAAGGACAACGCAAGACGCUGAAUUCUACCUUCAAUCAGAAGAUUAUAAACGGAUUUAUUCCGAUUUUCGACACGUGCGCCCAGGAUCUAAUCAAGCGAUUGAUGAACCACAAAACGGUUCAAAUGACACCUUUUAUGUUACAGUGUGCCCUGGAGAUGGUUUGUGCAACCACGAUUGGGGGUGAUCUUAGUCGUCAGAAAGGGGCGGUUAUAUUGACUGAAUUGAUUGACAAGGUUAUUCAUUUGGUGGCCAAAAGAGUACUGAGUGUGUCUGUGCAUUUGGAGUGUGUCUACCGGCUUACUCAGGAUUAUAGGGCUGAACAGCGGGCUCGAGAGGAGGCAUACUAUUACGGAAACGAGAUCUUGCGCGAUGCCAGGGCUCGAAAAGCCACGGAAACAAUCGAUAGCAACGACAGGGACGAAUUCCGCAAACCUCAGAUUUUCAUCGACCAACUGCUGGAUCCUCAGAACGGGAAAAAGUUUGAGGAAAUUGAAAUCAUUCACAACUUGUACACGAUGAUUACAGGGGGCAGCGAUACUACCGGUAACGAGAUGGGAUACAUAUCACUGAUGCUCGCUAUGCAUCCGGACUUGCAGGAGAAAGUGUACGGAGAAAUAAUGACUGUCUUCCCAGGCUCUGGCGAUCCAAUCUUCAGUCACGAAGCACUAAAACAGCUGCAGUAUACGGAAAUGGUUAUCAAGGAGACUCUGCGACUUUUUCCGAUCGCUCCGAACAUAAUGAGAACACCAAUAAAGGACGUCAAUCUGUAUGGUGUACUAGUGCCUAAAGGAACCAUUUUGCUCAUUAGCAUUUUCAACGCACAUCGCCGAAAGGAUGUCUGGGGACCGAAUGCCGAUAAGUUUGAUCCGGAAAAUUUUUCCCCAGAACGUGUGGAAGGACGUCAUCCGUUUGCGUUUCUUGCGUUCAGUGGAGGUACACGGAAUUGUAUCGGUAUCCGCUAUGCCAUGUGUAACCUGAAAAUUAUUUUAGUACACUUGCUGAAAAAUUUUAAACUACGAACAAAUGCGCAUAUCGAGGACCUGCAAUUUAAGUACGAUGCUAUGCUCCGGUUAUCUACUGAACCGGAAAUCUCGCUGGAACGACGCGCAACAUGUACCAAAAAUGCCGAAGGUUGUGACUAA